UCUUGAAUCUCUGUUUUCUUCUUCUGACCGUUCAUCAUUGACUGACUGACUCAUUGACAAUUCACUCUUUUUUCUUUUAUUCAUUUUUAUAUAUAGCCUUACCUUCCCUUCCUUCAUCUCUUUCUCUCUCAGAGAUUCUCAUUUUCAACUUUCAACUGCAGAUGCAGCAACCAACACUGUGUCUCAACAACUCAACUCAGCAACCAAUAUGGAGCUUGCUUCCAUGGAUGCCAUCAACCACUUUCAGACAUUGAUGGACCAAGUUGAGGAGCCAUUGAAGACAACGUUUCAGAAUGUUCGUCAAGGACAUGUCACUGAAACUUUGAUACGGUUUCUAAAAGCAAGGGAGUGGGAUCUUUCCAAGGCCCAUAAAAUGUUGGUUGAUUGCUUACAAUGGAGAGUACAAAAUGAGAUUGACAAUAUAUUAUCUAAACCAAUUGUUCCUCCUGAUUUAUACAGAGCAAUACGUGAUUCACAGCUCAUAGGAUUGUCAGGGUAUACAAGAGAGGGUCUUCCUGUCUUUGCACUUGGUGUUGGGCAUAGCACAUUUGACAAAGCAUCUGUCCAUUAUUAUGUGCAGUCUCACAUUCAAAUUAAUGAAUAUCGUGAUCGUGUUAUCUUGCCUUCUGUAUCAAGGAAGCAUGGGCGACCUAUUACCAAUUGUGUUAAGAUUUUAGACAUGACUGGUCUGAAGCUGUCAGCUUUGAAUCAGAUUAAGUUGCUAACUAUUAUAUCAUCCAUUGAUGAUCUUAACUACCCUGAGAAGACACAUACUUAUUUCGUUGUUAAUGCUCCAUACAUAUUUUCAGCUUGUUGGAAGGUUGUGAAGCCUCUUUUACAAGAGAGGACGAGAAGAAAAAUGCAGGUCUUACCGGGUUGUGGACGGGAUGAGCUGCUGAAAAUCAUGGAUUACGCAUCUUUGCCACAUUUCUGUAAAAGAGAAGGCUCUGGAUCAUCCAAACAUAGAGAAGGUGGAAGUGAAAAUUGCUAUUCCUUGGAUCAUCCCUUCCACCAACAGCUGUACCAUUACAUCAAUCAGCAAGCCAGACUCCGUGAAGCUGUUGCACCCAUCAAGCAGGGAUCGUUUCAUGUAGAUUUUCCAGAACCUCCGGAUGAUGAUGCAGAGAUUUCUAAGACUAUAGAGUCAGAGUUGCACAAAUUUGUUAGCGGCAACGGUAACUAAUUCUGAUUUAGGAUUUUCAGUUGAGACCUCAAAAUCAAAGGUUUUUGCCAGUACUGCAAAUAUAUAUAUAUAUAUAUAUAUAUAUAUAUAUAUAUAUAUAUACUAUAGAAGGGCUAUUCAUCCAAAUCACUUCUAUCAGGAUUCAGCAGAAUUAGAAAGAGUUGUGUAUGUAUGUUAACAGAAAUUCAAUGGUAGUCUGCAUAAUGCGAGUCCCAGACUCCCAGCUUUGCAUUGUUCCAUAAUGCAGAGUCAAAUAUAAUAUUUUGCAUCAUGUUUCAUCUCAAA